AUGUCACAAAAGCCUAUUACGGUCCCUCCCCCGCCUGCCGGGAUUCUCAAAAACUCACCGCGAUUGACGGCUCCGGCUACAAAUGCGAAAUCGGACUGCGACAAGUGUUCCGUCCAUACCAAGAAUGGUGCCACAAAGGGCAACGAGGGCGAGUCCGAGCAGUCUAACUGUGCUGCCUGUGGCGAAUGGUUGUCAUGUAUUUGCGGUGGCAUCUACUUUGUCAUUUGCUGGACCUGCGCUUUGAGCGGUGAGGUCAAGAGUCACAAAGAUGUCCGUCGCGGCAGUGGCUCUGGUGGAAACGCUCUUAGAAAGGGGAGCACUGCUAGUUGCACCUGUGGUAAUAGACCCGGAUGA